CAUGAAUCUAAAUCUCUUGUAGAGUUCUCUAUUAAUAUUGGUAAGGUCUUUGGCUGUGACAUUGAUUCAAACUCCUGGAGAUCACAGAUAAUCCCUGCUGAUCUAAGUGAUUUAGGUUAAUACGAUACUGCAGAUCGCCUUCAACCACUUACAGUAACAGAAAGAUGAAACAUACCUAGUUACCAUAUUAUCGUGGAACGUCCUUAUUAACUUCGUUAUGCUUUUUUUCAAUCUGGAAACCUAUUGGUCGAUAAGACAAGUCACGAGUUUUACAACUAUAACAUCUGAGUAGUUUCAUCAAUAACCAUGACCUUAAAUUUUAAUUACUUCUAUCGAUAAUUAACUUUUAACAAGUCGAUUCAUUUAUACUCAAUAAAUGGUGAGAGAAUAAAAUAUCAACGUCUAGAAAUGGAAGAUUUUCUUUCAGAUCCUACGUUAACAGAUAACUCCUCAUUUAUAAUUUAUCCAAGAAAAGAAGUUUACUAUGAUUUUCAUGAUACUACAAAUUAUCAAGAUAGUUUUUGGUUUAGUUUGCCAUCAGAUUUACGAAUACUUGAGAAUAUGUCCGUUAUAGAUUAUCUAAGACAAUUUGCACAUCUUUCAUCUAGAAAGUAUGAUUUAUAUCGACGUAUAUAUAAUCACUGGUGUCAAGGCUCUAAACUUUCUAUUGAUAAAUUAAAUAAUGCAUUUGAAGAUAUUGUACCAGUACAAAUUCCAAUUAGUUGUUAUACAUUAGUAUUUAAUCUAAUUGGAUUACAAGUUAUAGAUUAUCAAUAUAUUGAUUUUGAAACAUUCUGUUGUAUAUGUAUUGUUGCAGAACGUCUUAUAUUCUAUAAAAUUAUGAAGGACUCGAAUAUACCUAUACCAUCAAGGAUAUUUUAGAAAUGAUAGAAUUUCAACGAUUACAAUGUCAAUAUACACAACUUAAUCUAAAUAAGAAUAUUAAACAUUUUCUUGAUUUAAUACUUCUUUAAAAUAAUGAAUUGUAUAACCCCUUUAAGUUUAUAGCAAUUUCACUAUGUAAAAAAUACAAGUAUACUAAUUUUAUAUUAUAUAUUCUACGUAUAGAACAAUCCCCCUACUUCGGUUUAGUCACCCGGGCAGUAUCUCAGCCCUCAUAUAAAUCAAAUGAGAUUUAUGUGGUGCAUAUUUGUUUGAUGCCUCCUUGUACCAAUG